CCCGCGUGGCGUCAUACAUGCGCCGCUAUGUUUUGAAAAGCCGGGACAAGUGCUGCUAAAUCCCAGUGUUGUGCUACUUUUGUAUGCACACAGAUUUCUGUACGUAUUUUGAGGAUGGAUCUCAUAUGAGACAGAUCUGAAAGAUGCCGAAGUCUCUGAAAAAGUCCUGCACCACUCAGACCUCCAUAAGCAGGUACUUUGGAGGACUGAGCAGCAGCAGCAGCUUUUCCUCCAGCGCUCAGGGUGGCAUUAAUCCUGCUCAGCACCAGCUUUCAAGGGGCAAGCAGAAACUUUCCUCUGAUGAUGAAUUUGGAUUGCCAACAAAACGAGCUAAGCUUUCACCUACAGACCAGCAGCUGGAGGAUUUAGAGAGUGAGCCUGCAACCUGCCAGAGCACUAAAGAGGCAAAGCUAGCAUCGAACAGAGGGCGAGGCAGCCUCUGCUCCUCCACCCUGGAGAAGCUGAGAGGCUUCACCUGCGCCUCUGAGCCCAGCGUCGGUCACGGUGACUCUCUGGAAGAGUCGAAGGCGGACGGUGCCAGCAGGAAAAUCUCUGGUCGGGGCUGCAGCUCUGAGCCUCUUGGUGACGCUCCAGAUCAGCACAGGAUUACAAAGAACCUGCAGCAAGUUGAGGAGGAGUGUGAGGAUGAAGAGGAGGAUUCUGGUUUGGCUGCUACAAAAGAGGGUUUCCACUUGUCUCAGUUUGUGAAGUCAGGAGGAGGAGGAGGGGGAAGAGGUAGAAGAGCAGGAGGAGGAGGAGGAGGAGGAGGAGGAAGAAGUCCACCCUCAGAAUCUAGUGUCCCAUCCAGACGCUCCAAGAGCAUCUACACUCCACUGGAGCAGCAGGUCAUCCAGCUGAAACAGCAGCAUAAGGACGCCUUGCUGGCCGUGGAGUGUGGUUACAAGUACAGGUUCUUUGGCGAGGAUGCGGAGGUCGCCGCAAAGGAGCUGAACAUCGUCUGUCACCUGGAUCAUAACUUCAUGACGUGCAGCAUCCCCACACACCGCCUGUUUGUCCAUGUCAGGCGUCUGGUGUCUCACGGGCACAAGGUCGGUGUGGUUAAACAGACGGAGACCUCUGCCAUCAAGGCGUCAGGGGCCAACAGGAACGCUCUGUUCACUCGUCAACUCACUGCGCUGUACACCAAGUCCACUCUGGUGGGAGAGGAUGUCAACCCGGUGUGUAGACUCAGGGAUGUGGAGGAGGGCGGCUGUGGUGACGUAGUGCUGGAUCCUCCGGAUAGCUUCCUGCUCUGCCUCAGUGAGAACUGGGAUAAACUGAAGAAGCAGCUCACUGUGGGGCUGGUGGCAGUUCAGCCCAGCACAGGCGAUGUGUUGCUGGACUGUUUUCCUGAUGGUCCCUCUCGCUCUGAGCUGGAGAGCCGCGUCCUAAAGAUCAACCCCGUGGAGAUCCUUGUUCCCUCUGACCUCUCUGAACAAACUGACAGACUCCUGCACAGCAUCGCCAAUGCCAGUGCUCAGGCUGAUGACCGGGUGCGAGUUGAAAAGAGGGACAGCGCUCUGUUUGAGUUCGCCUCUGCCAUGAACGAGGUCACCGAGUUCUACUGCCACGCCCAGGAGAAAGGCUCCCGUUCUCUGUCGAGCGUCGCCUCCUUGGAGAGCCCGGUGAUCUGCUGUCUGGCGCCGCUCAUCCAGUACCUCCAAGAAUUCAACCUGGAAAGAGUUCUUAGGAGUGAAAGCUCGUUCCAGCGUCUGUCCUGUCAGUCGGAGGGUUUAGUCCUCAACGCUGCCACUCUAAGGAACCUGGAAAUACUCAGCAAUCAGACAGAUGGAAGCGUGAAGGGGAGCCUUUUGUGGGUGCUGGACCACACCCGCACCCCGUUUGGGAGGAGACUGAUGAGGAAGUGGGUGAGCCAGCCGCUCACAGAUCCGCAGUCUAUCUCGGGGAGGCAGGACGCCGUGCAGGAACUCCUGGGGUCGGACUCUUCAACUUUAACCUCCAUCAGAUCGUUGCUGUCGCAUCUGCCCGACCUGGAGAGAGGAAUCUGUAGCAUUUACCACAAAAAGUCCUCCACGCAGGAGUUUUACCUCAUUAGCAGCAGCCUUUCCCGCCUGGCGCUGGAGCUGGAGGCCUUGCUCCCGGCUAUCAAUUCACAGAUCGGCUCGACGCUGCUCCGAAGCGUCUUGCUGGACACUCCUGACCUGCUGCUUCCGGCCCAUAGCUUCCUCAAGGUGCUCAAUGAAAAGGCAGCAAAGUCGGGGAAUAAGACGGAGCUCUUCUCAGAUCUGUCGGGGUUUCCGGUGCUGCAGGAGAGAACGGCGCAGAUUCAGGCCGUCCUCGACGAGAUCCAAGACCACCGCAAAGACGUCCGACUGGCGCUGAAGGCACCCGCCCUCGACUACACAUCCGUGUCUGGACAGGAGUUUCUGAUUGAGGUGAAGAACUCGCAGGCCUCCACAGUUCCUCCUGACUGGGUCAAAAUCAGCAGUACCAAAGCGGUCGGCAGGUACCACUCUCCUCUCCUGGUGGACCGCUACAAGAAGCUGCUGCAGCUCAGAGAGCAGCUACUGUUGGACUGCCAGAGGGAGUGGACCAAUUUUCUGGAUCAGUUUGGGGAGCACUACCACACCAUGAAAAGGGCUAUUAGUCACCUAGCAACCAUGGACUGCCUCUUUUCAUUGGCUGAGGUGGCCAAACAAGGGGACUAUUGCAGGCCCGACUUGUGUGAAAAUAAGCACCAGAUUCUGAUCAGGGACGGCAGACACCCCGCUAUAGACUUACUACUGGGAGAGAAUAACCAGUAUGUGCCCAACCACACUGAACUCCAGGGCGAUGGCAGGAGGACUAUGAUAAUCACCGGGCCUAAUAUGGGGGGUAAGAGCUCCUACAUCCGCCAGGUUGCCCUCAUCUGUGUUAUGGCUCAGAUGGGCUCCUACGUCCCAGCCUCUGAGGCCCGUCUUGGCGUUCUGGAUGGAGUUUACACCAGGAUGGGGGCUUCAGACAACAUCUACAAAGGGCGGAGCACAUUCAUGGAAGAGCUGACCGAGGCCUCGGAGAUCAUUUCCCAUGCGACAGAACGCUCUCUGGUCAUACUUGAUGAGCUGGGACGGGGCACGAGCACCCAUGAUGGGAUUGCCAUCGCCUAUGCCACCCUUGAGUACUUCAUCAGAGAUGUGAAAGCCCUAACCCUUUUUGUAACCCAUUAUCCCCCUCUGUGUGAGUUGGAGCGAGUGUAUCCUCAACAUGUGUCAAACUACCACAUGGCUUUUCUACUCAGUGAAUCUGACAUCUCUACUGACACUGACGAUGGAGAAGUUCAGCCCGAGUUCAUCACGUUCCUCUACCAGUUGACUGAAGGAGCUGCAGGACGGAGCUACGGCCUGAACGUGGCUCGACUGGCAGACAUCCCUGAUCCCAUUUUACGUACUGCUGCUCGAAAAGCCCGAGAGCUGGAGAGCAUGGUCAAUGCAAGGAGGAAGGACAAGAAACUUCUCUCAGACCUUUGGGGCGUCUCAGACCGAUCAUCCCUCGUGGAGUGCCUGCAGUCACACUCUUGACAUCACUGCGACAGGAACCCAUCAGAGCCGACACUUACCAGUCAUGAUCUGGCUGCCAGUGAAUGAACAUGUGCAGAGAAGGAUGUGCUGAAGUGAACAAAGACUUGUUUCACGGAUGGAGAUGGUUGAUGCUGCACUUUUUGCUAGUGUGAAUGCGUUGGUGUGUGAGAGGGUUUCAAGCAGUUUCUGCAACAACAUUUACUACAAAACUGAUCAAGAUCGUACCUACUACACUGUAUGUGGUGUUUGAUUAUUAAAUGAAGACAAAAAGGAA